AUCUGCAUCUUUACACUGACAAAAAAAAGUCUCUCUAUGAGUUUGAACCAGCCCAGAAGAAAGAGCGUCUGCUCACAUGACGAGGAGGUGUGCUCUCUGAAAGAUACUCCUGUUAAAGCUCUUUUAGUUUUUGGUUAUUUUACUUCUAAAGAAUUAAUAACUAGUGUCUUACAUAAACUGAGCUAUACAUGAAAUUCACUUGUUACUAUUGAUCUAUUUCUGUGGUCAAAUCAGCCGUCACUAGAUUUUUUGUGUGAGUUUCAUACAAUAUUUACAGUGGAAGGACUGAGAACGCUGGAAAAUCUCAGAACUUCUUGAUGUGACCAUGGAAAUGUGAAUGGCGGCUCAUUUGACCGCAGUUGGAAAAGAUUGUAAAUUGCUUUGGAGACACAGAACUAUCAUAAUCAGGGAGGGAGGAGCUCAGCUCCAAAAGCCACGCCCCCUCAGAGGAGAUUUUGGAAACAGAUGCUUCAGUUUAACAUAAAAAAUUGCUUUUAAGGCAUUUAGUUUUGGGAUUUUGUUUAAGAACCUCAUAAAUAAAAUACUACUGGAAACAUUUUUUUUUAAUUUAAAAAAAAAGUCACUAAACUUGUGAUGGAGACUGCGUCAUUCGAGAUUUUGAUCGAUAAAACUAACAACAUCCAGGAAAAAACAGGCAGAAUGUGAAGCCGUUUUAUGACAUUCUUCCACUUCUUCCACUUUAUAGGUAGAAUUGGGCCAUUUUGCUGGUUUUGUUCUAAUUGUACUGAUCUGACACUCUUGUAAUGUUUGCUUGUUGUUUGUUUGUUAUAUUUUUGUUUACUUGUUGCUGUUGUUGUUAGGUUUUUGAAAAAUCAAUAAAAAACUUUGAUGACAAAGAAAAGUCAAAGGGUGACAAAAAUAUACAGACUAUAAAGAGAGAUAGAGGUAUUAGUGAUAGGGUACAAAUAAAAAAGAGGGUCAAUAGUUAAAGGAUGAUUAAAAAUCACAAAAAGGAGUAUAAGAUAAGUGACCUUUAUCAAUACUGUCAGUUGUUCAUGUUUUUUAAAAGGGGUGUGUAAAAAGAAAAAAACACAUCGUCAUACAUUCCUGCAAAUAUGUUCACAGGCAUUUAUGUUCUAGUUACUAUUAAUAAAUAUUACAAACAUGCUUAGCUUAAAAUAUACUGUGUAUGAAUGUUUGUAAGAUUUGCAUUUCCUUCUUCUGAUGUGAAGCUUUGUCUCCAUAAAAACAACCGUCAGAAUUUCCAGUUACGUCUGCAGCAUAAUAUAACCUCACAUCCUCAUGACAACCUGCCAGACUACAGGAUGGAGACCUCCAGUGUGUUCACCUCCAACACUUCUUCUUCUCCAGGACAUCUUCAUCCUUCGUCCUGGGACUUCCAGGUUUUGACCCAGGUUGCGGUUUUAAGUUUGGGCUUUCUGCUCGGAUUCCCUGGAAACAUCGCUGUGAUCAUUCUGAAGCCGAAUAUCCACAAUCUGUCGCCUGUAAGUCAGAGUCUAAUGCUGAAUCUGGCCGUGUCGGACCUGCUCUUUCUGCUGACCAUCCCGUUCUGGAUCUAUGAUGUGCUCUUCAGUUGGACCUUUGGACUUGUGCCCUGCAAACUUCUAACAUUUUCAAUAUACUUCAGCGUUUUUGUCAGUGGAACGUCCGUGACUUUGCUAAGUGUCCAGCGCUAUCUGGUUGUUGUGAAACAACGGAAUACCUUAAAUCGUUUAGGACCAAAGCGUCUCCUGGUUCUGUUGUGGAUAACAUCAUUCAUUGCUGCCACUCCUGUUUGUGUGAUUCGACCUCUGACCUUAGAUAACCAAAGGACUUAUUGCACUUUCCAGCUCUCUACUGAAGCUCCGGCGACAGGCGUGCUCAUAGUAGAGGCCUCCAUGGGAUUCACAGCAUUGUUUAUUGUAGCUUUUUCCUACAUUAGCCUCUAUAAGAAGGUGAAUCAAGCAGGAUUAUUUAACCAUCCUCAAACAAACAGACUGGUUUCCAGCAUCAGCGUCUCUUUCUUUGUCUUGAACUUUCCUUAUUUUCUCAUUAAUGUACUGAGCGUGUUCGCAGUUUCUCUCCGUAUUCAGAGCCUCUUGGAGUUUUGCAGGAACUCACGGAACAUUUUUGCAACAAUUACCAUUUUCAACUGCUGCUUGAAUCCUUUCCUGUAUACAUUUACUUCUUGCAACUUUUGGAAGUGUACAGAAAAACGGAACUGUUGUGGCAGAAAUUCUGAUGUUUCCCAAAGUCAAAGUAACAUUAGCAUCAACAUUACUGAGAAGUAAUGAGAAGUGUGUCUUUGUUCAUGUUUAAUUGUUGCCUUGGAAACAACUGUAUAUAACUUAAAUCUGCAUUUUUAUAAGUACUCUAGCUGUAAUAAAAACAGAAAACCCUGAUUUUGAUGGUGUAUUUGCUCAUUUUGACAAAUAAGCUCUAAAUAUUUCAAAUCUCACACCAACACAGUGUGUUUCUUUAAACUUCUUUUUUGUUUAUUUUUAU